UUUUGGCUUAUAUAUAUAAUUAUAUAAGAAAUUCUCUUGAGUUGAACGAAAAGAACCUAAAGUAAAAUAUACACCCAUUCCCGAGUCCUCCUUUUGUUGCUGCUACUAUUUUAAGAUCAAUUCAACAAAAUCUAGAUUUAUCAAUCAUAAGAAUUAUUGUGAUUUUUCAAGUAUGUUUUUCUCCGGUGAUCCUUCGACGAGAAAGCGAGUCGAUUUGGGUGGCCGCAGCUCCAAGGAACGUGACCGACAGAAGCUUCUAGAGCAGACUCGUUUAGAGCGGAAUCGUCGCCUCUGGUUGCGUCAGCAGAACUCUGCUGCCCUCAAAAUUCAGAAAUGCUUCAGAGGUAGAAAGGAGGUAGAAACUGAACGUUCUAAAGUUCGCGAGAAUUUCUUGAGAACUCAUGGGGAACGCUGCCACGCUGUUGACAGGCAGUGCUUCAGUCCAGAUUCAGACUUUUUGCGUCACCUACUUUUCUUUUUCAAUCCGACAUACACUGCUGAUGUUUCUGUCCUUGUGGAGACAUGCCGAUCGCUUCUAGAGUUUGUUCAAGAUAACGGGGAUGUUAUUAGCCUCUUUGCUGGUACAGAAUAUGCUUCCAAAGCUGCCUUGGUGAGAUAUAGAGUGAAGAAAUUUGCUCAUGCUUGCAUUCGGGCUGUUUAUGGAAACAGGAAUAAGUUAAGAGAUCAACUUUUUAUGGAAUCUGAGAAGUCCUGUACAUCAGCAAUCCUUUUGUUGGAUGCAGUAACAUUGUUGAUUGAUUUAGGGCUUCCUUGGGCUUGCAGCACUGUUACCUAUCUUCUUCAAAGAAAUAUAUAUUCCUUAUUUCGGGAAAUUGUUCUGAUUGGCAAGGAUAGAAGCUUUCCAGCUUCCAACAGGGUUGUAUCUUCAUUUGAGCGUGUGCUUGGACUAAUUACAUCUCAUAUUGGUCAAGGCACUUGUACUUGCCCAACCGUUGAUCCACAAUGUUUCUUUCCCUCCCAGAUUCUUACAAUUCCAUUUUUAUGGCGGUUUUUCCCUCACCUGAAAGAGAUCUUGGCAAGUCCAUCAGUGAGUCGUCAUUAUUUUCAUCAGAUGAAAUUAUGCAUGAAAGACCAUAUUAAUGUCCUCCCUCCUGAUUUAGCGAUUGAUCUUCCUGGUUAUGCUUGCCUUCUUGGGAAUCUAUUGGAAGUUGCCGGGCUUGCUUUUGCUCAGCCAGAAUCAUUCACUAUGGCCGUUGAUUUUGCUACUGUUGCAACUUUUUUGUUGGAAGCACUCCCUUCUCUCCAAUCAUCAAAGAUGGGAAGUAUAGAAAUUUCUGAGGAUGAAAUGGUCAUUGAUGAUGAACAAACAGAAAAAGCUCUGAAUCUGGGUUUGGAGCAACAGAUAACCAAUGCUAUAAAUCCACGUUUUCUUCUACAGCUGAGUACUGUGUUACUAGGUGGAUUUUCACCUCUCAAUGGUUUACAUAGUGGCCAGCUUGAAGAAAAUCACAUAGCAGCUGUUACUGCAGUUUGUGCUUUCCUUCAUACGACUUUCAACAUUUUGCCGCUUGAACGUAUUAUGACUGUACUAGCCUAUCGGACAGAACUAGUUCCUGUCCUUUGGAACUUCAUGAAACAUUGCCAUGAAAAUCAGAAAUGGUCAUCCUUGUCAGAACAAUCACCAUAUUUUCCAGCAGAUGCUCCUGGAUGGCUGCUACCUUUAUCUGUUUUCUGCCCUGUUUAUAAGCACAUGCUUAUGAUUGUUGAUAAUGAGGAGUUCUAUGAACAGGAGAAGCCGUUGUCUCUGAAGGAUAUCAGAUGCUUAAUUGUUAUCCUUAGACAGGCCUUGUGGCAGCUCCUCUGGUUGAACCCUACAGUGCCUGCUAACUUUGGUAAAUCAACAACUGCUAUUGUUGCUAUGAAGAAGCAUCCGUUAGAGUUCCUUCAACACAGGGUCUGUGUUGUAGCAUCUGAACUCCUAUCACAGUUACAAGAUUGGAACAACAGACGGCAAUUUACACCUCCUAGUGAAUUUCAUGCUGAUGGUGUAAAUGAAUAUUUCAUAUCUCAGGCAAUGAUGGAGAAUACUAGAGCCAACGAUAUACUAAAGCAAGCUCCAUUCCUGGUGCCAUUUACUAGCCGAGCCAAAAUAUUUACUUCACAACUCGCUGAAGCAAGACAAAGGAAUGGGAGCCAGGGUCUCUUUGCUAGGCAUAGAUUCAGAAUUAGAAGAGACCAUAUUCUGGAAGAUGCUUUUAACCAAUUGAAUGCAUUGUCGGAGGAGGAUCUACGUGGACUGAUACGUGUGACUUUUGUCAACGAACUUGGAGUUGAGGAAGCUGGUAUAGAUGGUGGUGGGAUAUUCAAGGAUUUUAUGGAGAAUAUCACUCGAGCAGCUUUUGAUGUACAAUAUGGAUUAUUUAAGGAAACUGCGGAUCAUCUACUCUAUCCGAAUCCUGGGUCUGGACUGAUUCAUGAUCAACACCUCCAGUAUUUUCAUUUUCUGGGGACAGUUCUUGCAAAGGCAAUGUUUGAAGGCAUCCUUGUUGAUAUUCCAUUUGCAACAUUCUUUUUGAGCAAGUUGAAGCAAAAGUAUAACUAUUUGAAUGAUCUUCCUUCCUUGGAUCCAGAAUUGUAUCGCCAUCUCAUCUUCCUGAAGCAUUACGAAGGUGAUGUUUCAGAUCUUGAGUUGUACUUUGUCAUUCUCAACAAUGAAUAUGGAGAGCAAGCGGAAGAAGAGCUGCUUCCUGGUGGUAAAAGCACACGUGUUACUAAUGAGAAUGUCAUCACCUUUAUUCAUCUUGUUGCUAACCAUCGUUUAAACUUUCAGAUCCGUCAACAAAGUUCUCAUUUUCUGAGGGGUUUCCAACAGCUAAUACAAAAGGAGUGGAUUGACAUGUUUAAUGAACAUGAACUUCAGCUUCUUAUUUCUGGAUCACUUGAUGGCAUUGAUAUUGAUGACCUUCGAGCUCAUACCAAUUAUACAGGAGGUUACCACAAGGAACACUAUGUUAUUGAUACGUUUUGGGAGGUUGUGAAAAACUUUUCUUUGGAAAAUCAGAGAAAAUUUCUGAAGUUUGUGACUGGGUGCUCACGAGGACCCUUACUCGGAUUUAAAUAUUUGGAGCCGUUGUUCUGCAUACAGAGAGCGGGUGGGCAUGCUUCUGAUGAAGCUCUUGAUCGUCUGCCGACAUCAGCUACUUGCAUGAAUCUUUUAAAAUUUCCACCAUACAGAAGCAAAGAGCAGAUGGAGCAGAAAUUGUUAUACGCCAUAAAUGCUGAUGCUGGUUUUGAUUUAAGCUGAUGGAAUUAUCUGUGCAUGCAAUUUUGGAGUAUCCGCUUUUUAUCUGAAGCAGCUUGUGUUCUUCAUUGGCAUAAAGGAAAACACAUGAAAUGGUAUGAUCUGUGCACCACCAUGGAUCAUACUGGAAAGGAACUGCUAAUUGCUACACAGUCGAUGGAUGGUCAAGAAGCACGUGUAAAUAAGAACCCCAUUACCUACCUUUUGACUAGAUGUGCAUACAUACCCCAGGUGCACUGUAUAUCAUCCUUUGGGAAGUGAAUGGCACGCGUGCUAGACAUUUCAAACUCGUUGAAAACGAGUGUGUAGUUAAGAAUUAUUUUGAAACUUGUCGAAGCUUAUAUAUUAGGAUGAUCAUAGUCACCGGAAGUUGUCAACCAUUUGUAUUCAUUGUACAAGUUUAUGCAUCUCCCACGAGGUGCCCAACUGCAGCUAGUUGUAAUAUCCUUGAACGGUUAGCUUGCACAGUACUUAAUAUAUAUUUAUACUAUGAUGCGUUGUACCUUGCUAA